GUCACGUUGCUCGUGCGCGUUGGCCAGCGAAAGGCAUCAUGUCUUCACAGCAACAGCCCUCACCGCAGCACCCCGGCCUGAGCUCCUCGUUCGUAUCAUCAGAUGCUCCGCUCCCCAGCUCUCCGACGCCGGCGAAGAAAUUUAUCCCUGCGGAGCCCGAAAGCAUCAGCACGAUGAACACCGAAGUCGACAAGAACACACCACCAGUGCAAAAUGCAGCAAAUCCUCGCCUCGCUGCUCUCGCGACGAAACGCGCCAGCUUAGAAGCCAAGCUCGCGGAUCUCCAAGCUCAGCGCUUGAGAUAUAUCAACAACGCGACUCUUCCGUCUGGUCUCGCCAUUCCUGCAGAGUGGACCGAAGAGCAGCGGGCAAAACAAGCGCUGGCCACUGCCAACGGGGUUCUCAAAGAGCACAUCACUCUGCUACACGCCUACAAUGAGAUCAAAGACAUUGGGCUCGGCUUGAUGGGUCUAGUUGCCGACCAGCGAGGUGUGAGACAAAAGGUCAUCAUGGAGGAGUUUGGCAUGGGUGACAAGGACUGAGGGUAUAAAUUGACGACUGCACCAACGCUGAUGAUGAUGAUGACUACCACGAUCAUGUCCACGGUAAGACGACACUCGCGGCUAUGAGGAUAAUGACUUCGACAUGACACCCGCGGUUGUGACUUUGGUCACCACCAUGGCAUGCUACAAGGGCCGCCUGGUCUCAAUUGCAGAACAUUGGUCUGCCAUGAUGAUGUGAUGCAAAUGUAUUACUCACACGCCAAUCGCGGCAGAUUGCAGAAGACGUUGCUGCAUGGCCAUUGCGCAUACCCAUGUAUUACCACAUCGACAGAUGAAAUCUCCUAUCUCCCUUUCAACGUGCAUGAAAGACAUCUUGCAUCGUAGCACCGUUAGUCUCAGACUGAUCUAGGCCGUGCUCGAGAUGACUCCAGGAGAUCACGAACAUUCGCAAACAGGCAAGUGCACGCUCGAUCUCAUGCAUUGUGUAUCUCAUUUACAGUGCACAGAUGUUUGACAGCUUACCGCAAUGCAUUUUCC